AAUAACCCAAACAACGUGAUCACACAACGUCGUUGAACGUAGGGUUGCACCGUUCAAUGGAAUUUAUGAAGAUAUCACUUCGUCCAUAUUUACCUAGCAUCAAUUUGCCAACGAGUAGCCAGUAGGUCCAGGUUAGACAAACAAAAUGGCAGAAAGAAAAUCAGUGAACAAAUAUUACCCACCGGACUGGGAGCCAAGUAAAGGGUCAGUCAACAAACACUUCGGUCAGCACCCACUGAGAGAGAGGGCCAAAAAACUCAAGCAGGGAAUUCUUGUCAUUAGGUUUGAGCUGCCGUACAACAUCUGGUGUGGCGGUUGUAGUAAGCCUGUAGCCAUGGGAGUGAGGUACAACGCUGAGAAGUCCAAAGUGGGGAACUACUACACAACACCCAUCUACAAGUUUCGCAUGAAGUGUCACUUGUGUGAUAACUACUUUGAGAUACAGACAGACCCAAAGAACCAUGACUAUGUGAUCAUGAAUGGAGCCCGCCGGAAGGAACAAAGGUGGGACCCUAAGGACAAUGAACAAAUUGUACCAGAAGACAAGGCCACCCAGAAGAAGAUGGCAACUGACGCCAUGUAUAAACUGGAGCAUGGGUCAGAUGACAAGGAUGCUGGUAAAUCUCGGGUGAUGAACCUGGGCCAGAUAGAGGGCCAGAGGGAGCAUUGGAAAGACGACUACAUGAUCAACAAACUGGCAAGGGAAAAAUUCAGGACGGAGAAAAAGCAAUUGAAGGAAGCCAAGGCUAUAGAUGACCGACUCCUGGAAAAGUCUUCUCUAGAUAUUCCACUGGUGGAGGAGGAUGAAGAGGAUGUACGACUGGCUGGACUGCUCAAGUACACUGCCACAGAAUCUUUUGACGAAAAACAGCUACAGAAAAGAAAAGAAAUAGAAAAGAAACCACUAUUCAAAAGGUUGCCUGUGACAAAUGAAUCCAAACCAACAUCCUCGAAAGACAUAAAAAUUGAAUUAAUAAAACAAAAGUUUGCUGGCAAAAUUGGCACAAGUAAAGCCAAUGUUUUCAAUUCUCCUGUCCUUCUGUCAAAAACAGAGAAGCAGAAUUUAAAACAGUCGUUGGGGGUACGUAAAAGAUUGUCAACAAGUGACCGGGACAGAGUUAACUCUCCAGGAAAAUCGGAGAUGUCAGACUCAGUUGAAACACAGCGGGAUGGAGAACUGACAGACAUAACUGAUAAAACCACUUGUGAUGUUGACCAGAGUGGACAGAGCAACUGUGAUAAUAACAAUGGUGUCGACUCCAGCCAAAGUGACCGUUUGACGAGAGUUGACCAGUCUCGCGUGGACGUUGUUAUGGACAAUGAGAGUAGCAGCUCGACUCGGCCGGUUUGUACCAGUACCGUAGGACUUGGACUUGUGUGUAGCUACAGUGAUUCAGAUAACACAGACGAGUCCAGUGACACGUAGCUAUAACAUGUAAAACAGAAAUCCGUAGAAUAAAAAAUAUCUUCCAAAAGCAC